AUGUUGACCGGUUCGUGUCUAUGCACCGUGAACAAAUACAUAAUCACCAAUGAAGAUGCUGCUGUACUCCGGAAGGUGACAAAUCCAUACUUCCGAACAAGCAUAAUAUGCCACUGUCCUCGCUGCCGCAAGAUCGGCGGUGGAUACACUACCACUAACCUUGUCAUGUCAAAGACGAGCUUCAAAUUGAAAAGCUCAUGGAAGUGGUGCUCUCUUAUUCCGGGUAUAUCAAAGAUCAGCACCAGCACCUUCAACGCUGUCUUGCCAGAUGAUAAGCAUGGACAUAUCUGUUUUUGCCGCCAUUGUGGAUCGGUGCUCUAUCGCGAAGCUAAAAUGCAGGGAUGGCGCGGCCUAAUAUUUGUGCCAGUGGGCACGCUUGAUGACAUUGACUCCGUCAGCGACUUGAGAAAGGAGGAGUGGUACUGA